AUGGAUCACUAUACUUUUAUCAACCGUGAUGCUGAACGCACAUCACUUGACAAAUGCGCUAACGACACAAUAACCUACAGCGAUAGAUUUAUCCCACUUAAUUCUUCCGACUUGUCUGUAACCUUUGCUUUUCAUCAACCGCCAAUAUCUUCCGAUUAUCUGCCCACUAAAAGACGCCGUGACAGUUCUUCUUGGUCUCCCAUUCAGCAAAUCAAUAGCAAUGGCGAUGAAUUCCGUCGAGCUGUAAUCGUUCAGGCUAUGCUUCCACGCAACGAAGAUUAUUUUAGCAGGAGGUUAUUCAAAUUCAGGGCGAAAGAGAGACGAAUCAACAUCAUCGAUACGCCCAAGAGGGAUGCCUACUCAUUGACCCCGUUUUCAUGGAAUGUGGAAAGACUGAUGCGUAGACCGCUGAAGAAACAGAGAAAUAUUAGUGUUGUGCCCUAUCAAAUGCUUGCUUUCUGUGAUCAACUGGGCUUAAAGGAUGAUUUUUACAUGAGCAUUCUUGACUGGUCAUCAGACGAUGUAUUGAGCAUUGGUGUAGAUUCCAGCGUAUACUUGUGGUCGAAAAGCACAACUCAGGGACAUACCCUGGCCGUUGGUACCGUAGAUGGGUUGGUACAGCUCUGGGAUGCUCGUACUUCUCAACUUGUAAAGAGUAUGAAGACGCAUCAGGGACGAGUGGGUUGUCUUGCAUGGAAUGAGAGUGUAAUAACCUCAGGAAGUAACGAUCGGUUUAUUGCUCAUAGUGAUAAGAGAUCACCUGCCGACUGUUUCAGAAUACUACCUGGUCAUUGCUCAGAGGUAUGCGGCCUAGAAUGGAACCUCGAAGGUACCCAUCUAUCCAGCGGCGGCAAUGCAGGAGAACUUUUCAUAUGGAACCGCACAAAUCCUACACGCAUCUACUCUCUCACUCAUCACAAAGCAGCCGUCCGUGCUCUUUCAUGGAGCCCACACACGCACAACGUGCUUGCCAGUGGUGGCGGUCAUCUCGAUCGCAAAAUCUGUUUCUGGAAUACAUCGGACGGCAGAUUGCUCGGUAGUCACAACGCAAAAGCGCAAGUGUGCAACAUCGAAUGGUCGAAAAGCGAGAAUGAACUAGUGUCAUCACAUGGAUGGUGGAAAAACAGCAUUGUCGUGUGGAAAUAUCCAGACAUGGAGAAAAUCAUUACAUUGAAAGGGCAUACGUAUCGCGUGUUGUAUCUCGCCAUGUCGCCAAAUGGGGAGGAUAUUGUUACUGGGGCCGGUGGCGAGGAUAAUACAUUGAGAUUCUGGAAGGUGUUUGAUACUAUUAAGAACGUGUGGAAGGAAAAGGUAUCCUGUUUGAAAAGCAGUGAACUAAUAAGGUGA